CUUUUUGGUUGACAUAAGUAAAACAGUAAUUUAUUAUACCAAAGUGCUUGAAACUCAACACAUUUAGAAACAUUGAAGAUUUAAACGCCUGAAACUAAAAAAUAUAAAACACCAAAGGAUAAUUGUAAUAUGACAUUCUUAGAGAGAUCCUCAAACUAAAACAGUUUAAUCAUCAGAACAUUGUAACAUUCUUUGGUACCGCAAGGAAGCUCGAUAAUAAAAUUGUUUUGAUCUUUGAGCAUGCGGACUGUGGAUCUCUUUACGAUUUCUUGCAUCACAAAAAUAUGCAAGUUUCCUACGUUGGUAAACUAAGUUGGAUGCUUCAAUGUGCUAAGGGUAUAGAUUACUUGCAUAGCAAAAACACAAUUCAUCGUGAUCUCAAAACACAAAACUUGUUGCUUUUCAACAAACAUAGAGUAUUGAAGAUAUGCAAUUUUGACACAGUAAAGAAAUUCUCUAUGAAAAAUACUGAAGGCACUGGAACAUUCAGUUAUAAGGCUCCAGAAGUAUACGAUGAUAGCGAAAAGUACUCGGAAAAGUCUGAUGUUUUUAGCUUUGGAAUCAUUGUCUGGGAAGUAAUGUCAAGGCUAAAGCCUUUCUACGAGUUCAACAGUGCCUUUCAUACAACAAUUCAAAUGGAAAUUAAUAAGGGCGUACGUCCGAAUGUCAAAGAUAUGAGGAGUUAUAACAACUUCGAGCACAUUAUAUUCAUUAUCAAACAAUGUUGGAGCCAAGAUCCAGAUCAACGACCCACAAUAAAGGCACUGAUAUUUUUCCUUAGCUUCGAUCCAAGAUCGUUUCGCUACAAUCCUGAUUUACUGUUAACGGGAAGGCCAUUGAGAGAUAUAUGUGAUGAAGACUUUAGAUUUUAA